CACUCUCGUGUGCAGAUUGGGCAGGUGGCCUCCACCGCGUGUGCAGACCAGAGAUCAACAAGUAGGAUCUUCGGAGGCAGCUCUGUGAAGCCUGCUUCCGCGGGCCGCGCCACGUUGCCCUGCGAGAGAUCGGAGUGGAUUCUUCAUCUAUUUUACCAGAUAAGGCCCACCACCGAGCUAUGUAGCUUUUUUCCAGAAGCCACCUGCCUAUCACAAGGUAGAGAACGUGGUAAGCAUGUCACUAAAUAUAAGUAAUAAAUACAUUAAGUAUAUAAGUCUUGAUUGAUCAAGAUUGGGCAAGGCAGCAAAACCAAGAACAAGACAGUCCCAGACCGCACCAAGACACCACCACGCAGCAGCAGUCCCUCAAUAGAACGGCACAUUGACACUGAACUAUCGAUACAUGGGUGAGAAUCAAUUUAUUCCACUCUGAGGUGUGUGUCACUGUUGCCACACAAAACGCGUUUAAUUCUGUCCGCUUGGUGUGUCUCUAGGCCCUCCUGAAAGUGUUCGUGAUGUUUCCGUUUCUCUUGGACUCGCACGGAAGGAUUACGUUGUUUGAGUUGCACGCCGCUUACAAGCUCCAGCAUUAUUCAUAUUUACAAAACGUAUACCUUCUCACGAAUGGCCUACGACCUCAGAACCGACCCGCUCUGGCAUUGCCAAUUCGACGCAGCAACCUCCUGGAAGACGCCGUCGCACUUCUCAGGGUCCCACUGGGGACCGCCGUGCAUCUGCAUCUGAUGAUGGUGUUCAGUGGGGAGGCGGUGGCUGGGCCUGGAGUGAACGCGGAGUUCUUCCUCCUCUUCAUGGAGGCGUUGGUGGCGAACAAGGAGAUCGGCUUCCUGACGGACUGGGAGUCGAACCUGCUCUGGUUCUCGGAGGAGGCCAUGCAGGAGGUUCGACUUGGACAGACACUGGUUUCGAGCGCAGACAUCUACUGGGCGUUGGGCGUGGCGUGUGGCCUGGCCGUCUACAACCGCGUCUUCAUGGACUUCCACUUCCCGCUGGCGCUCUACAAGAAGCUGCUGGGCGUCUCUCCCGACCUCUGUGACCUGUGGGAGCUAUCGCCCCGCCUGGGACGGAGCAUGACGAAGAUUCUAGAGGACACCAACGAACACUUGGAAGACACCUUGUGUCGCACUUUCACCUACCAGUAUGAAACCAACGGAAAGGUAAUCAUGAGAGAGUUGAUUCCGGGAGGAAGCUUCACGAUGGUGACCCAGCGGAACAAGCACGAGUACGUGGAGAGGUUCGUGCAUCACAAGUUCUGCAGCGACGCGGUGCAGCGGAAGUUCGAGAGGUUCGAGGCAGGGUUCACGUCCGUCUGCCAGGUGCUCCACUUCCGCCUGCUGAGCCCGCGCGAGCUCAGGGACGUGGCGUUCGGCAAGGCGAGCUACGACUGGCCUGCUCUCGAACAGGGUGUUAUCUACGUCAAUGGAUUCAACGCCCGGCACAACACCAUCAAGAUGUUCUGGGAGGUCUUCCGUGAGCUGUCCGACGAACAGAAGAAGCGGUUCCUGAUUUUCGUGACCGGCACGGACCGCGUGCCGCUGUCGGGGAUGAAGGCGCUCGGAAUCACCUUCUCCAUGGCCGAAAACCCGGAGGGCCUGCCACAGGCCCACACGUGUUUCCGCACAUUCUACCUCCCGGCCUACGGCGACAAGACGGACCUUCGCGACAAGCUCAGCAUCGCUCUCGAGCAGUGCUUCGGCUUCGCACCUUUGGAGUAGAACCCCGCUCGUCGGUCGUGCCCCCCCCCCCUUCCACCGCCCUCCCCCCCCCUUCCCCCCUCGACGCGUCUG